UGUGGUCAGUCUGUAUGAAGGAGCUGAGAGUAUAAAUGCAGUAGUUUGUUAGACUGUGCUCAGACUAAAAAGGUCAGAAUAAAUAAAAAGGAACACCAACAGAUCAAGCAGAAUGACUGACAGCUGGUGGUUGGUGGUUGCACUGCUAAGUGUUACAAUUGUAAAAGGAACUAACUAUGAUCAGCAACACAGCCUCACACUGACAAACCUCACUGAGACUGGCUUCAACCAAACCACACACACCAAAUCGGUCAAGCUAACCUGGUCUGUUCAUACACCUCUACUUGAACGAUUCGCAUCGUAUCGUGUAAAAUGUUCUAAUGCGAUUGAAGGACAACAAAAUCGCCAUUGGAAACGGAUAUACGACCCAGCACAACAAGAAACUACCCUUUAUGGACUAGUACCAACCACACAGUACAUAUGCUGUGUGGAGCUGUAUCUAAACCAUGAGAUUAGAGCAGAUUCGUGCAAUACAAUUAAACUACAUGUAACAUCUCCAGAUGAUGCUAGCACAACUAUUGAAACAAGCGAUGUCACGCCCACUGUCUCUACUGAGCAUGCUCAGAUGGAACUUCAGGGCUCUACAUUGUACACAGAGGAGGAAGUGGCUGGGUUGUAUGUGGUGAUAGUCCUACUGUGUGUGUUACUGGCAGUGUGUGUGCUGGGAUGGCUCGUCACAGUGUUUGUAACAUGUUGGAAGAUUGACAGACACAAGUCGAGGCAAGUUGAACCAGAGUUAGAGAUCAACGCGCACAACCACAUACAUAACCCUCUCUACACGUCCGACUACGUCCCCAACACUGUGCUCACCGGUCACCAUGGAAACGCUCAAAGCAACACAACACACGAGUACGACUACGUGCGUGUGAGGGAACCACUGUCUAUAAGUGUGAGAAACACUAGGAAUGGAGAUACAGUAGUGAACAACCACUCAUUGCAAGACCGGACCAGACAGAUGACCACUCAACUGUCGAUACGGAAUGACUCUGUGAUACCACUGCACUAUGAAACAAUGGCUAGCUACGGGAACAGAAUAGCUUAUACAGUUGACAAUAAUAGUAGUGCCAGCUCACCUUAAGCAAGGCCACAUGCACAAGGUCACAUGCACACAACACAUGCCUAUUUAUAUGUACAUGUUAUGUAUGCACUCUCUGUCUUGCUGUACUUGUUGAAUUUAAAUGAUGAUCUUUACCUACUUAAAA